AUGGAGGAAAGCUACAGGGACAGUUUGGUGCAAAGUGUGAUACAGGGUUUAGCAAGAGAUCUUUUGAAUAAAGAUCUUUUUUCUCUCAUUUCAGAAUUAUUUGUCAAAGAGAAUCAUGAAUUAAGAAUAGCAGGAGGAGCAGUGAGGGAUUUAUUAAAUGGAGUAAAGCCUCAGGAUGUAGAUUUUGCCACCACUGCUACCCCUAUUCAAAUGAAGGAGAUGUUUCAGUCGGCUGGGAUUCGGAUGAUAAACAACAGAGGAGAAAAGCACGGAACAAUUACUGCCAGGCUUCAUGAAGAAAAUUUUGAGAUUACUACACUACGGAUUGAUGUCACCACGGAUGGAAGACAUGCUGAGGUAGAAUUUACAACUGAUUGGCAGAAAGAUGCUGAACGCAGAGAUCUCACUAUAAAUUCUAUGUUUUUAGGUUUUGAUGGCACUUUAUUCGACUACUUUAAUGGUUAUGAAGAUUUAAAAAAUAAGAAAGUUAGAUUUGUUGGACAAGCUAAACAGAGAAUACAAGAGGAUUACCUUAGAAUAUUAAGAUACUUCAGGUUUUAUGGGAGAAUUGUAGACAAACCUGGUGACCAUGAUCCUGAAACUUUGGAAGCAAUUGCAGAAAAUGCAAAAGGCUUGGCCGGAAUCUCAGGAGAGAGGAUUUGGGUGGAACUGAAAAAAAUUCUUGUUGGUAACCAUGUAAAUCAUUUGAUUCACCUUAUCUAUGAUCUUGAUGUGGCUCCUUAUAUAGGUUUACCUGCUAAUGCAAGUUUAGAAGAAUUCGACAAAGUCAGUAAAAAUGUUGAAGGUUUUUCACCAAAGCCAAUGACUCUUUUGGCCUCAUUAUUCAAAGUACAAGAUGAUGUCACAAAAUUGGAUUUGAGGUUGAAGAUUGCAAAAGAAGAGAAAAACCUUGGCUUGUUUAUAGUUAAAAAUAGGAAAGAUUUAAUUAAAGCAGCAGAUACUUCAGAGCCAUUGAAACCCUAUCAAGACUGCAUUAUAGAUUCUAGGGAACCUGAUGCAACUACUCGUGUAUGUGAACUACUGAAGUACCAAGGAGAGCACUGUCUCCUCAAGGAAAUGCAGCAGUGGUCCAUUCCUCCAUUUCCUGUAAGUGGCCAUGACAUCAGAAAAGUGGGCAUUUCUUCAGGAAAAGAAAUUGGGGCUCUAUUACAACAGUUGCGAGAACAGUGGAAAAAAAGUGGUUACCAAAUGGAAAAAGAUGAACUUCUGAGUUACAUAAAGAAGACCUAAAACUGAUGGCUACAGAAAAGCAGAGCAUUUUUGGUAGGACUCAUUUUUCUCCCCUCCCUCUUGAUGAGGUUUUAGAAACUAUGCCAGAAUAAAAGCCAGUUUAGAGGACCUCUUUAGAAUGAGGGUCUUAUUCUGUGAAUUCUAUUUCAAGAACUAAACUAAGAUCUACCUUUCUUGAUCUGAUUUGGAAUAGUUUCAAGUGAGAAAAACAUAGUUGGCUAUUAUUUUAACCUGUUCAGGGUGUUAAAAAAAAUUUGGUUUUGCAUAGGGUGGUAGUAAGAUUAAUCGUAGAAGGUGGUAACUAUAUUGAAUAAAAAAAUGUUUAUUAAUGUUUGCAAUUGAAAUAACUGGGUUACCUUAUACAGUGACUGUCUACAAUGUGUCAGUUCUUAUCUGAAUUCCAAAAUAAACUUGUGCUUAAAAGGGAAAUAAUUGACAAGUUUGCAUAAAAUAUGAAUACUAAGUGUGUCUCUAGUUGCUGGCAUUCAUACAUACAGGAUUGUUCUAGCAGGCUAUGUUUUAGUAUGUAGUUGAUAUUUUUCUGUCACAGUGAUUUCUUUAUGCAUGCAGAGCCUUGGGAAAGUAAAGUAAUUAACUUGAGGGUUACUCCUGAGCCUAUUAUUUUAGUAAAACAUUGGUAUUAUGUGUUUAUGUGGUAUCUGACAAUAAGUAUCUGGUGCCAUGUACAAGGGUAAUAUGCCUCUUUUUAAAAGUUAAUAAACUAAAUGUUAACUUAUUUUUCUAA